AUGCCUCGACCUGGAAAAGACUCCUAUGACGAACAGAAACCACCAUAUUCUUAUAUCUGGCUAACCUAUAUGGCAAUCCAGAAUUCUGAAGAGAAAAUGCUACCAUUAACUGAAAUCUAUAAGUUCAUAAUGGACAAAUUCCCAUUCUACAGGAAAAAUACGCAGAGGUGGCAGAACUCCUUGCGACAUAAUCUAUCGUUUAAUGAUUGUUUUAUCAAAAUUCCUCGGAGACCGGAUCGACCAGGAAAGGUAGGCGACCUUAGUUUUGACCGCAUUGAUAUUAAAUGGUAA